AGAGCACGAAAAGCUUUCUACUGUGGUUGGUUGUAGCGUAGCCUCUGCCCUCUCUCCUCUCGGGGUUUCGAUCCAGUGGGUAGGCGAGGCGAGGGGGUUCGGUCGUCGCUGGCGAUGAUGGAGAAGAAGGAGGGCGGGGAGAGGACGGAGAAGGUGGAGGUGAGCGACGACGGCGGGAAGAAGCCGGCGGAGGAGGAGACCAAGCCGGCGCCGGCGACGGGUCCGGUGUGCUUCAAGAAGCCGGCGGGCGAGGACGCCAGCAUCCUGGAGACCACCAAGGGCUACCUCAAGCAGCUCGGGGACACCAACGCCGACACGCACUGGGACUGCAUCAAGAACAGGGUCCGCGCCGCCCGCGAGUACAUCUCCAGCAAGACCAGCUCGGCGUUUGGCAGGCAGAAGGUGGAGCCUGAGGCCAAGGAGGAGACCCCGGUGGCGAAGCCAGAAGCAGCACCGGCGGCAACUGAGUCUCAGUGAAGUCGUCCUGAGCACGUGAUCGUCUUCGAUGAACCUGAAGCUUCAUUCACUGAGAGUUAUGGGGUCUUAUCAGCCUAGAGUCUAAUUUUUCGCUUUGUCCUUGUGUUCGCUUAGUUUAGUUGGGACAUGGUUUGCCUGGGCGAUUUCACGUUGUAAGACCCGUUCUGGUUGCGGAUCUCUUAAUCCGGUUGGCGCCGCCGUCAUUUGCGGUGCGUUUUGGUGAUAUGCUUCAUACUCUUUGUCGAAUGGAAUGGAAGAUCAUUUGAGCAGGUA